AAUUGUCUUGCUUUUUAUUGGGUAGGAGAUUUUACUUAACGGUAAAUUAGUGAUAAAGAUAUCAUUUUAUCAUAAGUUAAAAAAAAAACAAACUCAGUGGAUUAUUACAAGUAUGUUAUAAAGUCUCUCUUAAACAUUAAUAAUAUGAGUAAAGGAAUGGAUGACAGGGGUCGUGUAACUGCAUCCCCUCGUAAUCGACAAUCGAGAGUUCAAAAAGCAGAAGCUGUUGGUCGGCGAACUAGUAUCAGACCGGGUGAAAUUAUACAAAGACGUCGAUCAUCAGUUACAGCUGCAUCAAUAGCAGCAAGUGCUGGUGGUCAGGAUUCAAAGAGACCAAGAAUUACUGUAUGGGCAGAAUGGAAUGAUGUCGAUGUCAAUGGAGAGAAAUGGGAAGCCGCACACAAAGCCAAAGAGGAUAAAAAAGGGAAAUCCCCAACAGUGGCACAGCAUUUCUUUGAUGACCCAGAUGGAAAAGUGGAAAUGCCUCAAACAAUUAAAGUGGAUCACUGGAAAAGACCACAUGAUUACAUCAUAGAUAAGGCUCCUGUUAUUAUUGAUAAUGAGGGUCAAUCAACCUUUGAUUUAAUUACACCAAAUGAACAUCUACAUGAUAGUGAGCUUCUACGUUACAUCAUUAGUCAAAUAACAGCAUUAUGGGAGAUGAGUUUAGUCAAAAACGUUCCUGAUGUCAACGAUCCUUCACAACCCCCAGGAGAAGAUAACUCUCAUUCUUGGAAACCAUGGGAACAUAUUUACUCGCUAUGUAAAGCUGGGAAAGGGCCCCAUGUACCCUUGUAUAAUUCUCAUGGAAAAUAUAUAGUUCGACUUUAUUGGAUGGGAUGCUGGCGUAAAAUAUAUGUAGAUGAUCUACUUCCUUUUGAUGAAAAUGAGCACUUGUUGCUACCAGCAUCCACGCUACAACAAGAGUUAUGGCCAAUGCUUUUAUCAAAGGCUCUUAUAAAAGUUGCCUCAUUAGACUAUACUGGUGGUAGUAACAGUAGUGAAUUUGGAGAUUUUAGUGUAAUUCAUGCUUUAACUGGCUGGUUACCAGAGGCUAUUCCAUUACAACCAAAUCAUUUAAAAGAAAUCUGGGAAUUAUUACGAGAAAAUAUACCCGAAUGGAAACUACCAAUACAAGGACAGGAAAAACAAACUACAGAAACAGUAGAUGGUAUUAAGAAAGAUGGCAGUAAUACAGCGGAACCUCCAAAAGAUGAUAAAACAGAAAAAGACGUCAAAGAUGGAAAAUCUGACAAACAAGAAAAGGGAAAAGAUGGAAAAGACAAAGGAAAAGACGGAAAGGAUAAAGAUAAAGGUAAGGACGGGAAAGACGAUAAAAAGAAAGAUAAGGGUGAUAAAGAUAAAGAUAAAAAUAGUAAGUUAUUUGGAAAGAGGAUAAUUAUCUCCCCAUCUAUAGCUUUUCCUGCUGAAUUCUUCUUCUAA